GCACAACUAUCGAUAGUGAAAGGCUGCCAUCGAUACAACGGCAGUAGUUUCCAAUUGGCACACGGCACGCAAUGUUGAGCGCUCCCAGCAGCUGUGCGCAUUAAUUAGAAAAAUAAAUAAUAUUCGUUUCGUGCGAAAAAAUUGACAAAAUUUAAAAGUAAAUUCAUGCGGCUGGUGAAAUAGUCAUAAAACUGGAUAUGAGUGUCUGACAUGCAAACAGUUUUGCUUGCAACGAGUUCGCGUCACAGUGGUUACAAGUUGAAUAGAAAGGAGCAAAAAAAAUUUAAACAACAACAACUAAAAUUUAUUGUGUUGCAAUUAGCCAAGUUACGAUAAUAUACAUACAUAUAUACGGGCAGACUGAAUUAUUUUGGCUUUUUGAUUAGGUUUAUUUUCUAUACACACACACACACAUGAAUCGAUGCUGAUAACUUAAAUAAAACAAACAACGCGUAAGUUCCAAUUGGAACAGUGAAAUGCAAAUGCAAAUGCCAAUUCGAAUUCGAAUUCAAGUUUAACAAAAAUGUAUGACGAACAAAAUGCACAACAGCAACAAGAACAACAACAGCUGACUAAUAUGGAGAGAAUGCCGCCUGUUGCGUCCGUUCGUCUGUCAAUUGUGGGCAUGACUUGUCAGUCGUGUGUACGCAACAUUGAAAGCAACUUGUCCCAGCAAAUUGGAGUACUGCAAGUGCGCGUCCAAUUGGAUGAAAAUGCAGGCUACUUUGACUACGAUCCCAAUCAGACAACUGCCGCACGCAUUGCCAAUCAGAUCGAUGACAUGGGCUUCGAUUGCAGUUAUCAAGCGGAUUUGUGCCCCGCCAGCGGCACAGCGAAUAUACGUGUUUUAGGCAUGACUUGUCAGUCGUGUGUACGCAACAUCGAGGGUCAUGUGGGCAACAGUAAGGGUAUUCAUAAGAUCGAGGUGCAAUUGGAGCAGAAACUGGCAAGGGUGCAAUAUAAUCCAGAUGAGCUGACAGCGGCGGGAAUUGCGGAAAUGAUCGAUGACAUGGGCUUUGAGGCGAGUGUGAUAGAGAGGGAGACAGUGCCAGCUGGAGAUCCAGUUGGAGUUGCUGCUCCAGUUGGAGUUGCAGUUGCAGUUGCUGCUCCUCCCACUCCCACUCCCAAACCCGCUGCCAAUGGCGCUGCCACCCUGUUGCCCAUUGAGCAGGAGCUUUUGUCCAAGUGCUUCCUCCACAUACGUGGCAUGACCUGUGCCAGCUGUGUUGCCGCCAUUGAGAAGCAUUGCCGCAAGAUCUAUGGACUGGAUAGCAUCUUGGUGGCUCUACUCGCUGCCAAGGCCGAGGUUAAAUAUAAUCCCAAUGUACUCACUCCCGAAAACAUUGCCAAGUCCAUAACGGAACUCGGUUUUCCCACGGAGCUCAUCCAUGAGCCCGACAACGGCGAGGCCGAAGUCCAAUUGGAAAUUGUGGGCAUGUCCUGUGCCUCCUGUGUCAACAAGAUCGAGAGUCACGUCCUCAAGCUGCGCGGCGUCACAGCGGCGUCCGUUACUUUGCUGACCAAACGAGGCAAAUUCCGAUAUAUAACCGAUGAUACGGGGCCGCGUAGCAUCUGUGAGGCGAUCGAGGCGCUUGGAUUUCAGGCCAAGCUGCUCAGCGGGCGGGACAAGAUGGCGCACAACUAUCUGGAGCACAGGGAGGAGAUACGCAAGUGGAGGAAUGCGUUUCUCGUCUCGCUGAUCUUCGGCGGUCCCUGCAUGGUGGCCAUGAUCUACUUUAUGCUCGAGAUGAGCGACAAGGGACACGCCAACAUGUGCUGCAUUGUGCCAGGGCUGUCCAUGGAGAAUCUGGUAAUGUUUCUGCUCUCCACGCCGGUGCAGUUCUUUGGUGGCUAUCACUUCUAUGUGCAAUCCUAUCGAGCGAUCAAACAUGGCACCACAAACAUGGAUGUGCUCAUCUCGAUGGUGACGACCAUUUCGUAUGUUUACUCCGUUGCUGUGGUCAUUGCGGCGGUGCUAAUGGAGCAGAACAGUUCACCUUUGACCUUCUUCGACACUCCGCCCAUGCUGUUGAUCUUUAUUUCGCUGGGUCGCUGGCUGGAACACAUUGCCAAGGGCAAAACCUCGGAGGCGCUAUCAAAACUGCUCUCUCUCAAGGCUGCGGAUGCGCUGCUUGUGGAGAUCUCCCCGGACUUUGAUAUCAUCAGUGAGAAGACCAUAUCCGUGGAUUAUGUGCAGCGUGGUGACAUUUUGAAGGUCAUACCGGGUGCCAAGGUGCCCGUGGAUGGCAAGGUGCUUUACGGACACUCCAGCUGUGAUGAAUCCCUCAUCACCGGUGAAUCCAUGCCGGUGGCCAAGCGCAAGGGAGCCGUGGUCAUCGGUGGCUCCAUCAAUCGCAAUGGUGUGCUCCUCGUGGAGGCCACACACACUGGCGAGAACACAACGCUGGCGCAGAUUGUGCGUCUCGUGGAGGAGGCACAGACCUCCAAGGCACCCAUUCAACAGCUGGCGGAUCGCAUUGCCGGCUACUUUGUGCCCUUUGUGGUCUGCAUCUCGAGCAUUACGCUGAUUGGUUGGAUCAUUGCUGGCUUUGUCAAUCCCGAUCUGGUGCCCGUUGCCAUGGAGCAUAAAAUGCACAUGGAUCGCAAUACGAUUGUCAUCAGCUAUGCCUUCAAGUGUGCCCUCAGCGUCCUGGCCAUUGCCUGCCCCUGUGCCCUAGGUCUGGCCACGCCCACCGCCGUCAUGGUCGCCACCGGCACGGGUGCUACCAACGGUCUCCUCGUCAAGGGCGCCACUGCCCUGGAAAAUGCCCACAAGGUGAAGACUGUGGUGUUUGACAAGACGGGUACCAUCACACAUGGGACUCCGAUGACCAGCCGGGUGACGCUCUUUGUGCCGCCGCAGGUGUGCAGCCUGGCCAGAGCACUGACCAUCAUUGGAGCCGCUGAGCAGAACAGCGAGCAUCCGAUUGCCUCGGCAAUUGUGAACUUUGCCAAGGAGAUGUUGAAUGUGCAGACGAGUUUCGGCAAGAGUGCCAAUUUCCAGGCAGUGCCGGGCUGUGGCAUCCGUGCCAGUGUCUCCAACUAUGAGCAGGCACUGAGACAGGCCUGCAAUGCGGAGCGGAUCAUCAACUAUGAGAAUCUGUGGCGCAAUCAGCCCAACAAUGCGGUGGCCAUCGAUAAUGGAGCGAGCAUUGAUCAGUUGCAGUUGCAGCACAAGUUUCUGGAGCAGCAGCUGCUCGCCUUGGAUGGCGCACUCGAGGAUCAGCAGCAGCAGCAGCAGCAGCAACAACAGAAGAGCACAGAGUUGCCAUUGAUUGAUGGCCCAGAGAUUCAUGUGCUCAUCGGCAAUCGCGAGUGGAUGCAACGCAAUGGAAUUGAGGUUCCCCUUGAGAUCAACGACUGCAUGACACGGGAGGAGCAGAAGGGACACACUGCCGUCCUCUGUGCCCUCAAUGGUCAGCUGGUCUGCAUGUUUGCCGUCGCUGACAUGGUCAAACCCGAGGCUCAUCUCGCCGUCUACACUCUGAAGCGAAUGGGCAUCGAUGUCGUCCUUCUCACCGGCGAUAACAAACACACGGCGGCGAGCAUAGCACGCGAGGUGGGCAUUCGCACAGUGUACGCGGAGGUGUUGCCCUCACAUAAAGUGGCCAAGAUCCAGCGGAUUCAGCAGCGCGGCAUCCGGGUGGCGAUGGUGGGAGACGGAGUCAACGACAGUCCGGCGCUGGCGCAGGCGGAUGUGGGAAUCACAAUUGCCGCUGGCACGGAUGUGGCUGCCGAGGCGGCGGAUAUAGUGCUGAUGCGGAAUGAUCUGCUGGAUGUGGUGGCCUGUUUGGAUCUCUCCCGCUGCACAGUGCGUCGCAUACGCUAUAAUUUCCUAUUUGCCAGCAUGUACAAUUUGUUGGGCAUUCCGUUGGCCAGCGGUCUGUUUGCACCGUUCGGCUUUACGCUGCAGCCCUGGAUGGCAUCGGUGGCGAUGGCGGCCAGUUCGGUGAGCGUUGUCUGCUCCUCGCUGCUGCUGAAAAUGUACCGCAAGCCGACAGCGAAAACGCUGCGUACGCCGGAAUACGAGGCACAGUUGGUGGCGGAACGAGCACGCCGUAAUGGCUCCGAGUCGGAGCUGGACAAGUUGUCGCUGCAUCGCGGAUUGGACGAUAUGCCGGACAUGUUGAAUGGCAAACGUUUGACCUUUAAACGCUCCAAUACAUCGUUAAUAUCCCGCAUCUUUAGCUCCAGCGGAAAUGGCAAUGGCAAGCACGAGGAAGGACUUCUGGAGGAUUCCCAGGAGCGCACACCUCGCAUCCUGCAGUCCCGUUACCUGGGCGACACCACCGAGCUGCAAAAACUCUAGAAGAAAUGGA